UUAUUAAAACACAAAAAAAGGGGGGGAAAGUUUUAUUCAUAUCAACCGGGAUUAAUGACGUGACACUCGGAUUUGCCAAUCCUAUCCGCCCGGAGAGUGUUCAACCCCCUCACUCCCCGGUCCGAAGCCACGGCGUGCGCGCAGGCACAAUCCACGGUUUGGUUCCCAGCGUGGAAAGUUGGGACAGCCCACUAUCCUCACAGGUGUCUCGGCACGAGCAGGAAUGGAACAUUUUUGGUGAAAUGCAAUACUUUUUUUCCCCCCCCCUCAAAGCCGCAAACUAAACAGGUGGUGCACUUUCUUUUCCUCUGGUAAAUAACAUGGCACACCGAGCAGAGUCGCUCACUUUCAAACGGAGAGCCGCCGCAGCUCCAGCAGAGGAUCGAUUGCGUGCCAAGUAGUGCGCUUUUUCGGGGAGUGAUCCUGCGGCUCUGCCGGGGCGAGAAGAUCAAACACCCGGGGGAAGACAUGGAGCGGCUCCGGUGCGUGAGGCUCGCUGCACUUUUGUGCGCAGUGGUAGACAGCAAGGUGAUCCUCGAGGGCCUGCAGAGGUACACCCCGAUGCCAAUCUAUCUGCCUGUCAGCUACCGGAUCCUUAAUGCUGAGUCAGCUUUCUUCCUACAGGAAGCAAACCAGGAUUUAAUGAAGAAUUCCAGCCUGCAGGCCCGCACAGAGUCCUUCUUCAUCCAGCAGGCACGCCACAUGCCCUAUGUCAAUGCUAGCUAUGGGCCGCUAUCCGUCCAACAGCCCGUGCCGCUAGAGAUGCUGCAAACACAGCCCGGGCCGUUCAACCAGCACACUUUCAUUUCGCCAUCGGAGCCAACGUCAGCGUCACUGUCGCCGCUCUUUACGUUUAACUGGAAAGUUCACGCCUACAUCAUCAAUGAGAGGAUUCACCCCAGCUGGCCCAAGGUCCAAGUGUUAUUCUAUGUCGCAGGGAGGGACUGGGAUGACUACAGCGCUAUCCAAAAGCUGCCUUGCAUCAGAAUGUUCGCCUUCCAUGAGACCCAAGAGGUGCGGGGUACAUGUAGGCUGAAAGGAGAACUAGGGAUUUGUGUUGCGGAGCUGGAACCCCUUUCAAGCUGGUUCAGCCCACCCACCGUUAGGCCAGGUCGGCAGAGAGUGUCAGAGCAGGCCGAGGGCACACCUGUGGAGCUCUAUUACACGCUUCAAACCACCAACAGCGGUGACUGCAGCGCCGAGGACUCAAGGAAAGGCAGUACGAUGCGCACAGAGCCGCACGGUCCCAUGGGAUACUCUGCCGGGCACACGGCGAUGCAACGCAUUGGCAACGUCAGGCUCUUUCAGCCGCUAUCGGAGCUGAAACUUGACAGUAACUUUCUGGUCAUGGUGCCCUCCAAACCCAUCCGUCAGAGAGAAACCGUCUCGGCUUUUCUGGCUCUGUCGACUCUUUCCUCCGUGCAGAUCUUCACCCUCAGGGUGAAGCUGAAGGACGGAGUGGCGUUCUUGGGUGCCAGAGCCAGUAACCCCGUGGUGUGGACGGUCAGUCAGGAUGUCAGAAGUGAAGGUCACAGAGUCGUCACUCUGCACUGUCGAAGGAAGGAGAGCAGCUUCGGUCAAAGAGAGGAGGCGAUGGGCUACCAGAGAGUGUUGCAGGUGGAUCUAGAGGUGAACGGGCUGAUGGCGCCUGAAGGUGGCAGAGAGGUGACUUGGCAGGUGGAGUAUCCGCUCACCCGCACCCAGACCAGUGAAGUACAGACCCUCAUCCGCCUGGCACCGCAGGACCUUGGUGGCAUCGUGCCACUAGCAAUGGACACAGAGAUCCUCAAUACAGCUGUCCUCACUGGACGUACAGUGGCUGUGCCUGUAAAGGUCGUCACUGUGGGAACAGACGGGACGGUCGCUGAUGUGACCGAGUCGGUGGAAUGCAGGUCAACAGAUGAGCUGGUUAUUAAGGUGUCGGAGAGAUGUGACUAUGUGUAUGUGAACGGAAAAGAGACGAGAGGAAAGCGCGGCGUGAUGCUGAACUUCACUUACAGCUUCCUGAGUGCACAGCUGGAGAUGAGCGUAUGGAUGCCACGCCUCCCGUUGUUCAUCGACAUGGCCGACCCUGAACUCAGUCAAAUCAGGGGCUGGAGGGUCCCCGGUAUGAAAGGAAAAAAAAGGUAUGACGACAAGGAGGAUGACACAACUGGCGAGGAGAGGACCGAUAAUGCAUGCGUACCUCAGUACCAAAGUACCACUUUGCAAGUCCUCACACAUUUCGUGUCCGAAACUGACGAGGUCAGAGGCGCUGUGGAGGAAGACAACGAAGAUCAGCAGAACUUUCUGCUGGGCAGCGACUGGCAGGUGGACAUGACACAACUGGUCAAGGACUUCCUGCGGGUGGAGGACACAAAGAUUGCCCAAUUAUGGGAGGGACAAGUCAUAAUUGGGCUGAGCGCUGGAACGACCAAAAUACAGGUGCUGUCUCCCCUGACAUCAUUGGUCCUGGCUGAGAGGAGCAUCAGGGUGCUGGAUGAUAAAGUGAGUGUGACAGAGCUGGGGUUGCAGUUGGUAUCUGGACUGUCGCUGUCCUUGCACCUUAGCCCUGGCAGCAACAGAGCCAUAGUCGCCACUGCCACCACACAGGAAGUCAUCGAAGCUCCCCAGCAGGAGUCUUUCAUCAGCGCCUGGCUGCAGUUCAGCGAUGGCUCCAUGACACCACUGGAGAACUACAACCCUGCCCAUUUCACACUAACUGCCACCUCAUUAGAUGAGCGGGUGGUGGCUGUGCAGCGAAAUACAGCCUGGAGGUGGCCCGUUAUCGUGGCUAAAGGUGAAGGUCAAGGUCUGCUUGUGCGUGUUGAAAUGUCGGAGGUGUGCCAGAAAGGGAAACGCCGUAUCAGUUUAGCUACUGGGAUGGCCAACGUACAAGUGAGGUUUGGUGGAGCAGAGGAUCACUAUAAACAUUCAGGAGAACGGCGAAUGCGGCCAGAUCCACCCUACUACGGCGGGUCUACCGCUGAUGUGGAAACUGGGUUAAUAAACCGUGGAGCCACUACCAUCAGGGGGCAUGUUCCCGGGAGGCCAAAUGGAGGCCGUCUCUCUGCAGAGACUGGGCGUAAGAACCCAGGUCAAUUUUCGGACUAUCCAGACCAGAAUGAGCAUCCUCGAAGUCGCAGCACUGAUGACGAUCUGCCGGCCCGAAGGGCUAUGACCGACCUUGAGAUUGGUAUGUACGCGCUCUUGGGAGUCUUCUGCCUGGCCAUUUUGGUAUUCCUCAUUAACUGCAUAUCUUACACAUAUAAGUACCGGAGCAAGCACCUGUCCCUAGAGGCCCCAGAAACCAUGCCCCAUUCUCAUGACUGGGUUUGGCUAGGCCAAGAGGAAGGGCUGUGCCUGCAGCAACAGCAGCUGGACGAGCUGGGAGGCACCCCCGAGGAAGGGAGCCAAUUGUUAAACGGAGUGGCCCAGCAUGGGAUUAUUGGCACGGGAGGAUGCCGGGAUCACAGGAAUGAGUCACUUAACUCCCCAACCACCAAGCGAAAGAGGGUGAAGUUCACCACCUUUUCCACCGUCAAAUCCAGUAAUGGAUGUCCUGUGCUAAGCCCAUUAGCGUUGGUGCAAACCAGCGAGAUAAAGUGGGUUUGUCCGGACAUUGAGCUCGGGGAUUCUAAGGAUCUUAGGAACUACAUGGACAAGUUGAAUGAGAAAGCUAAUAAGAACAUUGCUUAGGGGCUUCAGUGAACUUAAGUGAAACUCACCUGACUGCCUUCAGAAUGUGAAUGGAUAAUAAAAACGAAAUAAGUGAUGCAGAAAUAAAGUUUGCUCUUGUUUUACAAGCACCUGGCUUGUACUUUGGAGCUGAUGCUGACCCGUGACGGCACCAAAAAAGGACAACAGACUGGACGUGAGAAGAAUUUGACAGAGCAUCACAACAUUGUUACAAAAGAGAUAAAAAACUUGAUAUUGUUGCUUACCUUAAAUGUUUGUUCUUUGUAUUCGAUUUCCAUAUACUGUGAGUCCGGUAAUUUGGUUCUGUUUUUAUAUUUUAAUGUUGUAUUGUUUGUGCUCUGCUUGCUCUUGCAGAGUUGCUGUAUGCCCUGUACGCAAAUCAACAGUUAUAGAUUAUUGAAUACGUUUUCUACCUAUAUACUUGCAGAGUUUAAUUUAAAGGUAUGUACAGUAACAUUUUGUAAAAAACCUUUUCUUUGGGUGUUUUUUUUUUUUUGCUUUCACUCCAGCAUCCAGAUCGAUCCAUGAUGUUAAGGAGCAUGGUGUUGGAUCUGGUACCUGGAAUAAAGGAGUGUAGAUAACAAAUGCUCCUGACGACAUGUCAAGUUAGUAUCGUUGCAGUCACACUUUGUAAAAUGAAGUUUUGGGUUGGCUUCUCUAUGUUGAUACUUCUUCUCCCCUUUUUGUGCACUUAUCUAUUAUAUUAGUUAUGUUCCCUUUUUGAUGAUCUUAAUUGAAGUCAGCCCAUUUACCGUAUUUUUCGGACCAUAAGUAACAGUUUUUUUUUUUAUAGUUUGAACGACUUAUGUGUGAAAUUAUUAACACAUUACCGUAAAAUAUCAAAUAAUAUUAUUUAUCUCCUUUGCUGAAGAGAUAAAGAAAAUGUCAGCAAUUGCCACACACACGUUAACCAAUAAGAAUUCAGCGGGGGAGGGUCAUUUGCAGAAAUGCAUUGUGGGUCAUGGAAUGCUAACUGCUAUAUGCUAUAUGCUACUGCCGUAGCAAUUAAAACGGUUCAUUUCUUUGUUGGCGGUCCAUCCAUCCAUCCAUCUUCUUCCGCUUAUCCGAGGUCGGGUCACGGGGGCAACAGCCUAAGCAGGGAAACCCAGACUUCCCUUUCCCCAGCCACUUUGUUUAGUUCUUCCCGGGGGAUCCCGAGGCGUUCCCAGGCCAGCCGAGAGACAUAGUCUUCCCAACGUGUCCUUGGUCUUCCCCGUGGCCUCCUACCGGUUGGACGUGACCUAAACACCUCCCUAGGGAGGCGUUCGGGUGGCAUCCUGACCAGAUGCCCGAACCACCUCAUCUGGCUCCUCUCGAUGUGGAGGAGCAGCGGCUUUACUUUGAGCUCCUCCCGGAUGGCAGAGCUUCUCACCCUAUCUCUAAGUGAGAGCCCCGCCACACGGCGGAGGAAACUAAUUUCGGCCGCUUGUACCAGUGAUCUUAUCCUUUCGGUCAUGACCCAAAGCUCAUGACCGUAGGUGAGGAUGGGAACGUAGAUCGACUGGUAAAUUGAGAGCUCUGCCUUCCGGCUCAGCUCCUUCUUCACCACAACGGAUCGGUACAACGUCCGCAUUACUGAAGACGCCGCACCGAUCCGCCUGUCGAUCUCACGAUCCACUCUUCCCCCACUCGUGAACAAGACUCCUAGGUACUUGAACUCCUCCACUUGGGGCAGGGGCUCCUCCCCAACCCGGAGAUGGAACUCCACCCUUUUCCGGGCGAGAACCAUGGACUCGGACUUAGAGGUGCUCAUUCUCAUUCCGGUCGCUUCACACUCGGCUGCAAACCGAUCCAGUGAGAGCUGAAGAUCUCGGUCAGAUGAAGCCAUCAGGACCACAUCGUCUGCAAAAAGCAGAGACCUAAUCCUGCGGUCACCAAACCGGAACCCCUCAACGCCUUGACUGCGCCUAGAAAUUCUGUCCAUAAAAGUUAUGAACAGAAUCGGUGACAAAGGACAGCCUUGGCGGAGUCUAACCCUCACUGGAAAUGUGUUCGACUUACUGCCGGCAAUGCGGACCAAGCUCUGGCACCGA